CCACAAGGUGGCGUGACAUACGCGUAGACAGGCGUUUUUCUUGCAAAACAAGCGACGAAGAGACCACAAGAGCUGUCAACAAAAGCUCUCCUGAAAAUGCUGCUGUCAAUCCGAAUAAUAACGAGCUAAAUUUGACCACUGACCACUAAAAUCGACCGAUAUCAUCCUUUCGUGACCAUUUAACUAAAAUCUCACAAUGGCAGAUGGAAACACUCUUUCCGGUGUAAAUGUUGUGCUUGUUAUGACCUACGGCAGCUUGGUGUUUGUGCUGUUGUUCAUCUUUGUGAAAAGGCAGAUUAUGCGCUUCGCUAUGAAAUCUCGCAGAGGACCGCACGUCCCGCUGGGUCACAACGCACCAAAAGAGUUGAGAGAGGAGAUCGAUUCCCGUUUAUCAAAAGUGAACGACAUUCGUUAUGAGCCACAUCUACUCUCUAAAGAUGACGAUCGCCUGAAGCAUCAAGGCCAGAAUGGUUGUUAUAAUUAUCUCUUCAGAAUGCAAGCGUUAGAUGCUAUCAGAGACUCCGAUAUCCCGUCUCGUGAGUUGUGUUGCAGUGCCAGCGCUCUGACCGGCCGCCGCUACAGGAACUGGCUGCAGGACCUGCGAAACUCUCACUCUCUGUUCAAGUCAAAUCACAGUUCACUAAUAGAUCGCUUACUGGAGGGCUACGACAACGCUCGCCAUGGGACAGGGGUGUUUGGUGAGGCAGAGUUUGUGAAGUAUAAGGACGAUCUGGCUGAACUGGCUGCUCUUGUAAAGACCCACUCCAGCACCACCAGUCUAAACCAGCAGCACCAGUCAGCAGCUAAAGAUCUGACCAGCUCUCCCGGCCCUUCGUCUGCCUCUACCAUUCAGGUCACGUACCUGCCGUCUACCGGACAGCGCAGCAAGAGGCCCAAACACUUCCUGGAGCUCAAAAACUUUAAAGACAACUAUAAUACGCUAGAAAGCACACUUUAGAGAAUGAAACCUGUUUGAAGAACUGUGUAAAUACACCUCAAAGACUGUGAUACAGAAGUGUUCAUUGCUCACUGGAAAAUCCUUUAUGUAGAAAUGAAAACGGUGGGAGAUGCAGUAAAAUGGCCUCAAAUCACAUCGAGAAUGUGAGAAUGACUUAAUAUAUGACAAAAUCUGUCGGAUAAAUGUCAAUGCAACUUCUUUGAGAGCAAUGCAAGAAUGUUAUGUUUGUAGUUUUAAUGUUUUCUGAUGGUUAAAAGCCACUGUUUACCAGCUUUUAUUUGCGAGAAUGGCUUUUUAAUGUGAAUAGGGAGUGUAAUGUUUAUAUCUUUAUUGUCCAAAGAGCACCAACAAAGCACCCUUUAGCUGAGAUGAUAAGAUUUUAACUGGCUUGGCUUUUCUGGCAAAAACACGUGGAUUAAAAUCAGCUGAAUGGACAUUAAAAGGAUAGAUCACCCAAAAAUGAAAAUUCCAUCAUUUUUAAGCACCCUUCACUUGUUCCAAACAAAAGAAGAUAUUUUGAAUGUUGGUAACAAAACAGUUGAUGGUAGCCAGUGGCUUCCAUAGUAUGGAAAAAAAUUCUAUGGAAGUUAAUGGCGACUGUCAACGGUUUGGUUUAUUUUUGGGUGAACUAUCCCUUACCCUUACACCAGUUUUAUACUAAGACUACUUCAACUUGAGGUUUCCAAAUAAGAUCCUGUGCCACAUCCAUGAGAAUAGAAUAAUAGAAUUUGGGAGAGGUAUUUAUUUCUGUGCUGUUGAUCAUUAGAUGAUUGCCCUUAUUUCUUUUUUAAGUGCAAUUUUAAUUUGUGAAUUAGUUCAUGUAAAUAUGUGUAUAUGAGGAAGAUUGUGGUUUGAGGCAUGAAUUGAUAUGGUUGUCAUGGUAAUGUGGUAGACAGCUAUAAGAGACUUUAUAUUGACUUUCACUGUAUUCUAAAGUCUUAUCAGAUCUAAUGAAGUGUCUGCAUCAUCUGUACCUGCACCUCUCGGCCAGUGGGGGUCUUCACUAACAAGACGUCACUGGUUGGGUAUGCAAUCCAGGGCUGCCCGAUCCAGCUCUGUUGCCGGAGAUCUACCUACCGGUUCAAUUCCAUUCAGUUCUAACCCUGCUCCAGCAAACCUCUCUGGAGUUAUCAAGUGCUUCUGAGGAUCUCAGUUAGGCUCACCAAGGCUGAAUUUAUUUGUUUAAAAUCUGGAAUCUGA